AUGCGGCUGGCGAAGGUGCUUGAUGUUGUAUCGAGAUCGGCUGUUGGCUGGUAUUUGGCUACGGGGUGCUCUUUGGCCGAAUUACAUUAUAAUUUUCGUAUUGGUAGAUCUAGUGCUAGUAGCAUUAUCCAAGACGUUUGUAAGACAAUAUGGAUUGAAUUAGCAGAUAAAGUUAUACCUCAAUGUUCUACAGAGAAGCGGAUCGAAAUUGCUAAAGAAUUUCAAAAAGUUGCACAGUUUCCCAAUUGCAUAGGAGCAAUAGAUGGGAAACAUAUACGAACUAAGCAGCCACCAAAUAGUGGCUCUAUGUACUAUAAUUAUAAACAGUAUUUUUCUACGGUAUUAUUUGCGAUGUGCGAUGCUAAUUAUUGCUUCACAUACAUCGAUGUAGGAUCAUAUGGAAAAUCAAGUGAUGCUGGCAUAUUUAAACAUUCAAAACUUUAUGAAAAAUUAUGUGAUGGUACAUUAGGGGUGCCUGCACCAUGUGGUAUUGAUGAAACAAAUGAAAAAUACCCUUUUGUAAUAGUUGGUGAUGAGGCAUUCCCUUUAUCUGAAAAUUUGCUUAGGCCUUAUGGAGGAAAACAGCUCACAUCUAUUAAAGAAACUUUUAAUGCUAGAUUAUCUCGAGCAAGAAGAUAUAUUGAGUGCUCUUUUGGAAUUUUAGCCAAUAAAUGGCGUAUAUUUCAUCGGCCUAUUGAUCUUGAUAUUGAUGGAACUGUAAAUCUUGUUAAAGCAGCUUGCGUACUACAUAAUUUCAUAAGGACAAGAGAUGGCACUCGCUCGAAUGACCAGAUAUUUGAUGAGGAUCCCAAUCUUAACAGUCUAGCACCAGACACAGCGCAUAGAGGAAAUUCAUUAGCAUUAUUUGCUAGAGAUAAAUACGCCAAAUAUUUCGAAGACAAAAACUUAGAAUGA